GAAUCGGCAUCAUGCGCAGGGAAUGGCGUUGCAUAUGUACCAUAUGGAUAGAGUGAAGCUUUGGAUAUAAAACGUUGUGCUAGCCAGGUCCCAAAACCGGAAUCUGAGUGGCUAAUUGAAUGUAAAAUCAAUCCGGUAGUAGGAAACAAAGGACGGCCGACUGUAUUAGCCAGGGCAGGACACAGUACGUACGGGCUCUGCUGUUUCUGGCGAUGAACGUUAUUAUCGAUGGUGUUCUAAAUGGUGAGAAAUUGGCGGAGAAAGAAAGUUCUGCAUCGUUUGGAAUUCGGAGAUAUGUAAGAUAACAAGAUAGGGGAGAACAUUAAUGGGAGAAUACUGAAUAAUUUAGAGGAACAAACAAACGUUGGACUCCACGCAGAUAUCUUUGGGGUACAUUGAUGCAUUACAGUGUUCAUGUUUGAUUACGGCUGUUCUGUCCAAACUCUUGCAGGUUAUGCCAGGAAUGUUGUAUGACCCCUGCCCUCCAUUGAUGGUCACCCGGUAAAGAAUUGCCACUAGUUUGGUGUGAGGUGGCCACCUCUGAGGGCUGGUGUUGGGCAGGCUGGGGUGAGGCAUAUGGCAUCCUUGUCUUUCAUCAGUCGUGGCACUGGGUAUAAAGAUUCAGGAAGUCAUGUUGCAGCUGUAUAAUACUUUAGUUAGGCUGCGUUAUGUAUAAUUCUGGUCGCCACACUACAGGAAGAUGUGGAAGCUUUAAAGAGGAUGCUGCCUGGUUUAGAGGGUAUCAGCUAUCUGGAGAAAUUGGACAAACUUCGAUUAUUUUCUCUGAAGUGUUGGAUGCUGUAGGGAAAUGUGUUUAUAAAAUUAUGAGAGGGGUAGAUAAAGUUUUUUAUCCCCAGUGGAAUUGUCAAGUGCUAGAGGUCAUAGCUUUGAGGUGAGGGGGGAAAUGUGAGGGGUAAGUUGUUUUUACAGUGUGAUAGGUACCAGGAAUGACAGAAGUGGAGAUGGAAGCAGACAGGAUCGAGGCAUGUUGACGGGCACAUGAACAUCAAAAUCAGCAACAACAAGAAGAGAGCGUGGCCUGGAUGGUGGGGGUCCUAGAUGAUGGAUGCUGUUUUCCUGCGACACCAUUCCUUGUAGAUGUGCUCAAAGAUGUCUCUUGUGGAUUUGGGGAAGAAGCUUUUAGAAGCUGCCCGAGCUGGACAGGAUGAUGAGGUGCGAAUAUUGAUGUCCAAUGGUGCUCCUUUUACAACAGACUGGCUGGGAACAUCUCCACUUCAUUUAGCAGCUCAGUAUGGUCACUAUUCAACAGCAGAAGUGCUACUUCGGGCAGGAGUGAGUCGUGAUGCAAGGACUAAAGUGGACAGGACCCCACUGCAUAUGGCAGCAUCAGAAGGCCAUGCAAACAUUGUGGAGGUACUUGUGAAGAAUGGAGCCGACAUAAAUGCAAAGGAUAUGCUUAAAAUGACAGCUCUUCACUGGGCCGUGGAACAUGGUCACCAAGAUGUGGUUGAACUCUUGAUAAAAUAUGGAGCUGAUGUUCACACGCCAAGUAAAUUCUGCAAAACAGCCUUUGAUAUUGCAGUGGAUAAUGGUGAUGAAGAUUUAAUUGUAAUGCUGCAGAGGGCAAUGGAGAAUCAGAUUAACACGAAUUCGGAUAGCUCUGAUACCAUCACAGUCCACAAUGCCACGCCACAAUUCAUUAUUGGUCCUGGAGGAGUGGUCAAUUUAACUGGCUUAGUUUCAACUGGCACAUCAAAGGCAUCAGAGUCGGGCAUUUCUGCAGUGCAGUUUGGGAAUUCCUCUACGUCGGUGUUGGCUACAUUAGCUGCCUUGGCAGAAGCAUCGGCACCGUUGACCCAAGCACCUGAAGCACCAGUUGCUACGGAAGAAGUGGUAACAGCUGACUCUGUGGACAGUGCCAUACAACAAGUUGUCAGCAGUGGAGGUCAGCAAGUGAUUACCAUAGUUACUGAUGAUAUUCAGCUGAGCAACUUGCAGGCAGCCAGUGACAGCAUGAAUCAUCCGAUCAUUGUCACAAUGCAGGAUGGACAGCAAGUUUUGACUGUUCCAGCGACUGAUAUCGCUGAGGAGACAGUAAUCACUGAAGAACCGUUGAUGAAGAGGCGUUGUGUGGAGAUAAUUGAAAAUCACAUUGAUAGCACAGAGAUUGAGAUACAAGAAAGUUCUGUUCCAGAAACUUGUACCCUGGACUCUGUGGAAUUCUCAGAGGAGAAAGAAGUGUUACAGAAACAGCUGGAAGAAGCCAACCGCGAGGCGCAGAAGUAUAGGCAGCAGCUCUUUGAGAAGGAGCAGGAGGCCGAGGCCUAUCGACAGAAGCUGGAAGCCUUUGGGCAUCUGCCCUCAAACAAGCAGAUACUUUAAAAAGUCAGGUGGACAUGGAGGCAAACACAGCACUCAAACAGCCAGUGGUUCCAGAUCCUAUGGGAAGGACAGCCUUCUCUAUCACUGUGACACAAAAGGGCGCGGCAGCAACCCAAGUAUAACAGUCCUGCGGUCAGAGCAUGGCUCAGACAGUUGUGCUUUAUGGUCGCUGAAAUCCUGGUGAUUGAACAGCAAUCUGUGGACGCAAGGAUGGAGGUUGAGGACAAAGAGAUGAGACACAAAGGAAUCUGCCCGUACCCAGAAUAUUCCACAAAAACUGAGUCCUUCUGAAAAGCACAGUCACAUUCACACCUUUCCUCAAUGCCCAAGAGAAAUCUCCUGUUAAAUUAGAAGGCUCUGGCUCUUGGCUUUAUCUGUUGACUACUGCAUUGCCUCUGUGAGAUGCUGCAAAUGUGAAAUAUUAUCUAGACAAAAGCAGAAAGGAGUCAUGCUGGUGAUUAGUGAAAUGUAGUGGAGGUGUCUUUGCACAAUGUGGGUAGAAAUUGCCACUCACAGAGGUAACUGAGGCUUUCUUAUUUCAUUGUAACUGAAGGAUGCUCCAUGGGUUUGCAGUGUCUCUUUCCCUUCCUAAGAUCAUUUAAAAAGUUGAGUCAUAGAACUUUAAUAACGUCUGUUUUUUUUUUAAGAAAUUUGAAAGGAACUCUCAACAGCAGGAAUACAUUUAAGCUAUAAAAACAAUUUGAAAUCUAAAUUAAAUAACCAACUUUUGUUGUAAUUAACAAAAAUAAUUGCAAAAAUGAGAAUCUUGUUGAUAAUUGUUGUCACUGAUUUUCCUAAUGGGUUCAAUUCAAAUGCCAUCAAGAUGUGUCAGUGAAUUGAGACACUUUUAAAAAUCCAGUGUGAGAACACAACACUGGAAAGAUUCCUGGGGUGAAUUAUUCACUGUGUGAAAGGUGGAACGCUGCCCAAUUGACAGUGUAUUGAGUGAGUGUAUUGUUCAGGAAAUGGUAGGUGAUGAUAUUUUGUACAUCGUUGUUCAUCCUGAUGCUGCUCUGACCAUGAACGGUCUUGUCUUCAUAACAAGACGUUAAUUCAACCCACUGAGCUGAGCUAAACAAUUAUACUCCAUUUUAAUUACUAUUAAUUUAUGCCGUGCGAGUUUGAGAAGGCUCAUUCCUUCAGUAGUGGCCAGUGUUUGACAAGAUUGCACAGGGUUAGGUAGCUGGGGACUACUGUCUGCUGUCCGAUGUGUUGAAAAGGAUGACACUGUAGCUUGUUUAUGUUCUGUGUUCAGCAUCUGUUCCUGGAGAGCCAGCUCGUGUCCUGCCACCCCAUCUGUGCCCAGUGCCCUUUACCUGCCUGGCCAAUGAUUUUGUUUAGUAUUUAGUUGGGACAUUUUCCACUGAGGGUUCUCAAGUGACCACUCUUAAAUUGGUAACGCUGGCAUCUCACUAAGCAGCAGGACUUGUUCAAGUAUGAAAGAGACUGUGCUCCAGACGUCAGCUCCUGGCUUCAUGUAAAUUGAGAUCCAGUUUAUUAAAAACUGCAGUGAAUUCAGAGCAUUUCCUCAGAUUUCUCUCUCAGCCUACCCUUGUAAUUGUAUAAACAAAGAUGAUUACAAAUCUUCCACUGUAUAAUUUUGUAUCAAAUAAAAACUUUC